AAGUACUAACUCUGCAAAUGUGUUUGAAAUCAGUGCGCACAGGUUGUUGAUGGACUUUUGCAAAGGCUUGUGCUGCUGAGUCAACGAAAAUAAGCAUUAUUCACAAAGGCAAAGUAGCAAUUUAACAGCAACAAGGCCUGCAUCAUGACAGAAGACGAAAAAGCCGGUGUUGAGACAAGGAAGAUGAAGAGGCAACGUUCUAGGACAUCGUCUGGAUCAAAACCAGAGGACGCCGUUGAGCCAGGUGUUGACGAGAAGAAUGCAAAUGGAGAUAAGAAUGGAGACAAGAACGGAGCUAAAGAAGAGAUAUUUGGAAACAUGAAUCCAAAAUGGAAAAAUUGGUGGGUACGGUCAGUUUUCACGUUACUGAUGAUUGGUGGAUUUGCUGUUAUAAUCACACUGGGUCCUUUAGCAAUUUUAAUUCUGAUCUUUGCAAUCCAAGUUAAAUGCUACCACGAGAUAAUCUCAAUUGGUCAUAUUCAAUAUAAAAAGUUCAACCUUCCAUGGUUCCGUACUCUGAGCUGGUACUUUCUUCUAUGUUCCAAUUAUUUCUUUUAUGGGGAAAUGGUUGCUGAAUAUUUCCAUGGCUUCUCUUUCAAGCAGGUAAGGUUGAACCAGGAACUCUUCAGGUGGCUCUUCCAGCACCAUAGGCUCAUCUCAUUUAGCCUUUAUACAGUAGGAAUUAUGAUGUUUGUUUUGAGUUUACGAAAAAACUACUACAAGACACAGUUUGCUCUGUUUGGUUGGUACCAGAUUACGUUGGGCAUUAUCCUUGUGCCUUCACACCUGAUCAUUCAAAAUUUUUUCCAAGGAUCUAUAUGGUUUUACCUUCCCGUUUCAAUGGUAAUUUGCAAUGAUAUUUGGGCUUACAUUUUUGGUUUUUUCUUUGGCAAGACUAGAUUAAUCAAGCUGUCACCUAAAAAGACAUGGGAAGGCUUCAUUGGAGGAUUCUUAGCAACAGUUUUCUUUGGAUUGAUUGCAUGUGAGAUAAUGAGCAAGUUCAAAUACUUUCAUUGCCCAGUUCAGUAUCUGAGCUCCAGUGGUGUGUUCAAGAUAGAUUGUGAGAGGUCACCAAUUUUUGAACUCACCCACUACUUCACAAUUCCUAACGCAGCUUUACAAGUUUUCAACAAGUGCCCUGCAAUUUUGAAGACAGGAACAUCAGCAUUUCUUUCCUUAAUGGGAUUUCAACUUCAAGAUGGGGAAAUAUGGAUGAAUCCUAUGGCCUGGCAUGCUAUUGUACUAGCCUGCUUCUCAUCCCUGAUUGCACCAUUUGGAGGCUUCUUUGCCAGUGGAUUCAAGCGGGCUUUUAAAGUGAAGGACUUUGGCGAUACCAUUCCCGGACAUGGUGGAAUUAUGGAUAGAUUUGACUGCCAAUACUUGAUGGCCACAUUUGUCAAUGUUUACAUUGCAAGCUUUAUACGAGCCAGUAAUCCCAACAAGCUAUUAAAACAGAUUAUGAUGCUACAACAUGAAGAUCAGGUUGCUGUCUUUAGGACAUUGCAUGAAAGUCUUGUAAAGCGUGGAUUGCUGAGUGGAUAGAGAAAUUAGAGACAAUACCUAAACCAAGUACCCACUGGAACAAACACAACCUUAGAGAAGAUUUGAUGAGCCCCACCCAGUUUUUGAAGGGAAGAAAACCAGAUCUUGCCCUUAUCAUAGUUAUUUUCCAAUUAUUUUAUUCAACCGAAAAACAAGAUAUUUAGUAGCCAAUAACAUUUACUUGUAAGACUCUUUCAUAACAGUAGUACUAAUAAGUUUAGCAGUUUGUGAAUAAAUGUGUGCAUGAUCAACAGGUGAAUAAAUCAAUUUAGAUAAAACAGAUAUGGUACAAUGAGAACGAAAAAUGUGAUCAAAAUUAACACAGGAUUGCCAAAUGCUACCUAUUCUAGCUAAAUUGUAAGCUUAGCAUCAAGUAGAAUGAAAAAUCAUCAAUACAGUACAGCUUCCCUAAAGUUCUUAGGGGAAGGGAAUUCUUUUCCCCAAACAAGCUAUCAAUGUGUGACCUUAAAAUUUCAGUUCAGAAUAUUUAUACUGGCACAACUUCACAUGCAAGAACAACUUGAAACACUACCAGGCUUGCUUUUGCAACUCUAUUGUUUACCUUUUUAAAGACUCUACUCAUUUCUUUCUGCCAGGACUAAAUAAAUUCAGCUAACAUAUGCUCUUGUAGAAGCUAUGUAUCAAUUAUAAUAUUCAAAAUGUCAAGUUUUUAAAAUUUUAUGAGUAUUGUAUCUCAGAAGUACAACAUUGUAUAAAUCACUGCAUUUUAUUUCUAGUUUUAUUUAAUUAAUGGCUGCUGAUAGCUGCAAAUUUAUUAAUUCCAAUCUUUUCAUAAUUUUUGUGACCAUGUGCAUCUGCGGUGGAAACCAAACAGACAA